CGGGUACUGUUAUUUGUAAUUCUGCUUUGUCACAUUUAAAUAUUAAUGCCUUACCUGCUUCGUUUACUAACAUUAGUUCCACAGGCUCACCUUCAAACGGAAGUAUACUUGGGGCAGUUCCCCAUCCCGUUGUGUGUCAAAUCUGUUUUUCUGCAGGUCAUUCCGCCAUCACUUGUCCAUCUCGGUUUUCUCAGCCAUCAACUCCAGCUCUGUUGACCACUCCUGGGGAAUCUAAUUCUGCCUUAUGGUAUCCUGACUCCGGAGCGUCUGCUCAUAUGACUGCAUCUGAAGGACAAAGCCUCGGGGGCAGUGCUUCUUCGAGCUACCAGUAGUGGACCACUCUAU